UUCAGUUUUUGCAGCAAUGUACCAGCUGCCUGGACCUCCGUGCUCCUCCUCUUCAUCUUCCUCCUCGUCUCCUCACUGGUCGCCCGGCUGGGACUCUGUAGGAGCGUUUGGGGGGAAGCAAAGCUGAAGAGGACCGGUUGUGAUCCAGGAGGAGAGAAAAACGCCCUGAAAGCUGGAUCUGAAGAGGAAGCACCAAGGCCAUGAUCGACUGGCCUAAUGUGACAGAGUCCAGCAAUGAGGAGCUGGGCCUAAAACCUGAGGAGCUGCGGAGAUCCAAAUGUGUCCUUGGUUUCUUUCCCGUCAUUUACUACAGUGUUCUGCUUUGUGUGGGAGUACCAGUGAACAUCCUCACAGCGGUGGCCUUGUGCCGACUGGCAGCCCGCACCAAGAAAGCUCUCUACUACUACCUCCUAGCAGUGACGGGCUCAGACAUCCUUUCCCAGCUCUUCAUCAUCUUCGUCGGCUUCCUGCUGGAGACGGCUGUGUUCCAUCGCGACGUCCCUACGCUCCUGCUGCACGUGGUCAGUGCCGCAGAGUUUGCCGCCAACCACGCCUCCAUCUGGUCCACCGUGCCCCUGACCGUGGACCGGUACGUGGCGCUGUGCCACCCCCUGCUCCACCGGCAGAUCAGCUACCCGGCACGGGCCAGGAAGAUCAUCGCGGCGGUGCUGGUGCUGUCGCUCGCGUCGGGCGUGCCUUUCUUCUGGUGGUCGGACGUUUGGAGGGACAGCCACCCUCCCACCUCGCUGGACGCCGUUCUCAUAUGGACGCACGUGACCAUCAUUUAUUUCCUGCCCUGCAGCAUCUUCUUGGUGCUGAACUCUUUGAUAAUCCACACGCUGAGGAUCCGGCAGAGACAGCAGCCGUGCCAGGAGGAGCGCGGGCCCCCGCGUCGCCUGGGGAAAACCACGGCCAUGCUGAUGGCCCUCACCUCCAUGUUCUCGGUUCUGUGGGCCCCUCGAACCGUCGUAGUCAUCUACCACCUGUACGUGUCCUCGGUUCACCAGGACUGGCGCGUCCACCUGGCCUACGACCUGUCCAACAUGUUGGCCAUGCUCAACACGGCGGUCAACUUUUUCCUGUACUGCUUCGUCAGCAGGCCUUUCCGCGGCGCCGUGCGGGACAUCAUGCUGCUCCGAGGAGGGCCGCUGCACCCAGGCCGGGCUCUGCCCCAGCAGCAGGCCCCCACCAACGCCUCCAUCUCCUCUCUGUACAGUGGGAACAACAAGCGCUCGCAGCGGGACUCCACUCCUUUGUCACCUCGCCGGAACAGAAAGCCCUCUUGACCCGGUGUUUCCCCCCCCCCCCC